UGGCUCUAAAAAAAGAACGGGAAAAAAGUAGAGCUCUCUUGUGUAAAUUUAACUGCUUGAAAAAUCAAACUAACUUGACACACCUGUGAAAAAUGAUGUGUAAGCCUAGCCUGGAGUUGUUCAUUUACUACCAAAGAAUUGCGAUCCUAAAGGAUCUCAGCAAGGAGUUUCGAUCUUGAGACCUAGGCCUCUAAAUUGUCGUUGAACUGCAUUACACCUAACCGGCAACACGAUAAUGUACAGUUGAAAAGAUUUCCUGCACUGGAAUAGAUUUUUUCCCCAGCUCGUUUGUUUUUCCUUAUCGCUUGAUGGUCACGAUUUUAAUCAGCGGAUAUUUUUCUAUGGAGUGGACCGUUUGUUUCUAAUAACUGGAAGUGGUGUAAGGGAAAUAAAUUCUAGCCAGUUCCCGUGGUCUCCGCGGCAUCACACGUCUCGGACUGUGUACGAUGAAGCCCACGACUAGAGCCGCUGGAGACUCGAUGGACUAACCCCGCGCCUCUCUGUACACCAAGAUGGCGGCGGCACACAACAACGACCUGGAGGAUUACUUCAAGGAGCGGGACACUAUAGAGCAGAGCGACUCACACAGCGAUGACGAUGAGUUGUCCAAAACGCCGGACGAAGGUGAAGCAGAGGAAGCCUGGCUGGACAAAGCAGGAUAUGGGUUUAUUGUUAGUAAAAUUAAAGAUGGUAAAGACCUGUCAGACAGUGACCUUGAACAUCUGACCAGCUCUCUGACCAGAGCCCAGGCGGAGGCUGUACACAAGCGAAUCAGCAUAGUCAGCACAACAGUGCGCAGAAAAGACAAAAGCAACAAGAUUCACGUCAGGGAUAUAUUUCCAUCCCAACAUGACGGCCUCCCUCACAGGGAUAUAUUUACACCUCCGCGUGACCUUCACACACAGGAGAAACAGAACCAUGCAUUUACCAUGCCUCGGCCAUCCCCCAGUAGGCACAUCACCAAGUCACCUGAACCUAGGUCAGGGGGAUUUGUACACAAGGGAGGCUACUCCAUGUCAGGGGUUAGCAACGAGAUCACAGAAGAUGUUGAAGCAGGUAUAGCAACAUUAGGUGUGCACCCACGCACCCAAAGUAGGAGCAGCCCCACUGACCAAUUCUCUCACCUGUCCUCUGUCUCUGACAUGGAAAUCUCAUUAGACUUCAACCAGGAAGACUCGGAUAAGUUCCAGACUAUCUCCCCUGUCUCAACCUUCCCAGACCCUCACAGAAUAGAUCUCCCUGCUUUUGAGCCCAAACCAGAUGCACUAGGGGUGACACAUAUUGGUGACAUUGCUGAAUGUGAUAUGGAGAAAAUUAAACACUUGUCACAUAUAGAGCUGACCGCUUUAUUUGAUGCUUACAAUAUUAUACAUUCUCGACCAAAACGCAAGAAAAAGCUAAAAGACAAUGGCAUUUUCGGAGUACCAUUGGAACUUCUAAUUGAACAAGACCAAAAAAGACAGCCUGGUACCAAAACUCCCAUAGUUUUUCAAAAGAUGGUUGAAUUCCUAGAGAAAGAGGGCCUGUAUGCUGAGGGCAUUUUAAGAGUUUCUGGUGCUGAAACAAGGGCGAGGCAACUGCGCCAGGACAUAGAGGACAAGUUUUACCAGGGACUUUUCACAUGGGGGGACGCUGGCGUCCACGAUGUGGCUGUGGUCUUCAAACAGUUUCUGAGGGAGCUUCCUAUCCCUCUCCUGUCUUCUGAGUACCUGGACGCCUUUCCUCAUAUCAGCAGUAUUCCUCAUGUUCUUGAGCAGCUGAAAGCUUUAAAUUUAUUGAUUAUAUUGUUGACUGAUGAACAUAGAGAUACAUUAAAGGUGCUCCUCAGAUUUUUACGGAAUAUUAUUUCACACAGUAAUAGAAAUAAGAUGGGCCUGAACAAUGUAGCAAUGAUUAUGGCCCCUAACCUGUUUCUGAUGCCCUCAAAAAGCAAUAAAGAGAAGCCAGACCUAGAGGUGGAGCUCAAGAAGGCAGCGGGUACCUCCAACAUUGUCAAGAUGUUGGUGACCUACCAAGAUGUGCUGUGGACGAUUCCGACAACAUUUAUUGCCCAAAUUAGGCAUCAGUAUACAACAGAGGCUCACAGAAAAUCCAAAGAUGGCUUGUUAUCCAAGUUCUCAAGGAAGAAAGACAGAUCAGAGGUGUACAAGAAACCUGAACAGCAGCCUGAAGCCCAGGAUGGUUAUAUCAAAGUUCAGGCCCCAAACCUGACAAAAACCUACGCCUUCAUAGCACUGGACCAGUCCACUACAGCAGCUGAUGUGGUGGCCAAGUUCAAGUGGGAUCAAGUCAGCAAGUCUUCUGAGCACAGUACCAUAGGAGGCGUGGAAGAAAAGGCUGGUCAUACUUAUGUCAAUCCCAACAAUGCACAAUAUGCUCAUGAUUCUGAUUGUUUGUUUGAGGUGGGGGGAAACAUAGCUGAGAGAUGUUUGGACCCCAGGACCAAUAUGAUGGAACUACACCGGAUCAACCCGUAUGCUGAAUGGGUCAUCAAGCCAAGGAAAGACAGAUAACUCAUGGCUAGUAACUAAAGGAAAGACAGAUAACUCAUGGCUAGUAACUAAAGGAAAGACAGAUAACUCAUGGCUAGUAACUAAAGGAAAGACAGAUAACUCAUGGCUAGUAACUAAAGGAAAGACAGAUAACUC